AUGCGGCUGGGCCUUUGCAGGAGCCCCUCGCCCCCAGGAGCAGCAGCAGCAGCAGCAGCAGCAGCAGCAGAACUCCGGGUCUUGGCGAAAAAGGAAUUCUUCAGAGAUGUCCAAGAAGACCCUCUGCUUUGGGAAAUAAACACAAAAGACUUCAACAGGGCCGUCGGCAGCAGCAAAGUGCAAGAGAGCCGCCGCAGCAAACGCGCCUUCUAG